AUGGAAACCUCAAAGGAUCAUCGCAUUCGAGAUUUCUUUCCUCACUUAAGGCCUUCGUAUUUGUCCAUCUUCUUACUGUUCAUUUCUGGAAUUCUAUUCCUUCGGAAUGACGCAACAAAUGAUCGUCUGUUCGCGCUGGAACAAAAGAUCAUCAGUCUCACAAAGGAAUGCAUCGCUCCCGAGAUGAAAGCUGCACGAAGCGGACAGAUGGUCGUAACACUCGGCGUUAAGAAGAACAAACGACGUGGAAUGACGCCACCGCAGUCUCGACUUUCUUCAUCAGGUUAGUUUAAAGAUUAAUUGCUGAAGGUGUUAUGUGUUGCUCUGAAGGCACCACACUGAAUCGAGGAAUAAUCUAGCGAUAAUGGAUACAAAACUGCACUUGAAAAAAAAAUGUUACCUACGAUAUUUUUGGCCUCUAUCUAUUUCUUGUGAGCAGAAAUACUAGUCCAACUCGAACUAAAAACUAGUUAAUUAGGAUUUAGGACCUUCGAUAUUUUAAGGGACAUGAUCGUGUCAAAUAUUUUAGUGCGAAUUUUGGGAUUCAAAUUCAAAUAAUCUGUUUUUGCGGGAAAUUUAUGAUAUUUUAAAUGAAACUGCAUUUUCUGACUCCAGACUCAAAGAAAGGAAAUAUCUUGUUUAGAUAUUCACAAUGUCGGAGAAGUCAGUUAUACCGGAUAUCUACGCAUUUUACAUUACCUAGUUUCCUAAUAUUUCUGACCUAUUGUUAAUUUCACUGACCCAUAACCGGAUCAUCUCAAACAGCGAAAUGACAUCUGCCAAAAGCGUCUGGCAGAGAAGAAGGGGUUUUGUACUCACAAACUCCCGAAAGGCUUUCCGAGCUUUGUUUGAUGGUGGAGUUAAAAAGCAAUCGGCGAUGCUACAUCAGAAAAACUCCCCAUCAUCUUAAAUUGACUUUUGAACAAAGAAAUGGAAAUGAUUUUUUGAAAAUCGUGGAACGUCACUUGGGUAAUAUCACCAAAAAGUUCCUAGUUUAAGUUUUUGAGUAUUCACUAGUCUGUAAUCUGUAGUCUUGCCAGACCCCCCUUCAAAGUGUUGUAAAGCGUUUUAAGGCAUUGGUAUGCAUAAUACACUAUAUAUUGAUGCAACAUCAUUACAUCGUAGUUGACCUAAUGCGUUUAGAGCGAUUGCACGCAAACAAGAUAGUUGAUGGAUCAUAAAAAAUUAUUCUGAAAGUUACGUCAUAGGCGGCUCAUGAAGCGUACUGUGUGAUUUGAGGUUUAAAAGUAAGUCAUUAACGGGAAUACUAAGUAAAUACAAUCGACUUUGGCCCUGCGCACACCUCGCUAUUACGGACACCCGCCAUUGCGGACAGGAGCCAGCCCCCCGACGAAACGCAUAAAGAAAUGACUGAUACAAACUCACAUUAUUACGGACUCUCGCUACUAUGAAAAUAUGGACACUUUUAUGCCCCUCACCCCUCCCCAGCGCAACAGUUCAAUUUGUUUUUCUCUCACCUUAGCGGAUUUUUAAGUACUUCGUCUAAAGGAGUACUUCGAGAAAGGAAAAUAAAGAAACUAUUCUUCAAUUGGGUGCGAACAUGACGAUUUCCGUCUUGCGGCCGGAUCUUUUUUCGGUUCAUGAGGCCACGUUAGAAACUUUAUGUUUACGUAGAUACAUAUGAUUUCAGAUGUUUAAAGACAAACAAUUUUUUUCCUCUCGAACCCGCUAUUACGGACUCUCACUAUUACGGACACUAAAUUUGCCCCUAGAGGGUGCCCACAAUAACGGGAGUCACUUGUAGCAGCACAUCACGCGGCACAAAGUAAGUCGACAAAAUAGCGUUAAAACGGCCAGAAGUGACGAGGCAGCUAGGGAAGAAAGGUUGGGAGACUUAAAACGUUAUAAUUCUCGCUUUUAUUAUCCUUUUUAUUUUUUCGAUUUUGUUAUUAUUUCCCUCUUUUCUUUACGCCACACACCUACGCUUAAAAUUCAAUCUUAAUUUAUAAGUUAUAUUCAUGUAAAUGGUACGCUUAGGCCGCCUGUGGUUACAUAUGACUUAUCGCGGAUAUUAAGUUCAGGAUACCUAGGUUCUCGCAUAGAAAUAUUUGCUAGCCACCAAUUUUUUCUUAAUUGAGUUUAGAGUCCUAUGGGGAGUCUUCCAAAGGUUCUGCUCAAAGAUUUCGUAGAAGUGCCACAGGCAAUAAUACCGCUAGCUUAGCUAUUGAAGAUUUACGUCGCGAGAUCGCCUUCCAAUUGGGAAUAUUCCUUCCAAGUCAAUACUGCCGAUCAAAUGAGAGGGUAUGUCCCGCUGGUCCCCCCGGAAGUCCUGGUCGAAAAGGUCCGAAGGGACCUCGUGGAAGGAGGGGGCCGAAGGGGACAAAAGGAAAAAAAGGAAUUCAAGGUAAUAUUGGCUUACCUGGAAUUCACGGUAAGCGAGGAAUGAUGGGUCCCCUUGGACCAAGGGGAAUAAAAGGCGACCGAGGGGAGCCAGGCCCGAAAGGUGAUGUUGGGAUUCCCGGGAAUCGAGGAAUACGGGGAACAAUGGGAGGUCCAGGACCUAGAGGAGAAAAGGGAGAAAAAGGGGGUUCUGGUGAGAUGGGAAUUCCUGGUCCUCCCGGUAUUCCCGGUCGAACGGUUUCUGCGCCGGUAGCUAUUCUAUUGCCAGUCACAGCUAUAAUCGACGAAGGAGGAAGCAUGACUUUUAAUUGCACAGUUGGUGGAAAUCCAGCACCAAAGGUCACAUGGAAAUUUGAGGGGAACAUACUAUGUACAGGAUCAAAGUAUGCCAUAGACAAAGGAUUACUGAUCAUCAACGAGCUGAAGUUCAAUGAUACUGGUUUUUACUCUUGCGUUGCGGCGAGUGCUUUGGGGUCUGAUGAGGCAUUUGCAAACCUUACGGUGAGAGGUAAGGUGACUUUCAUCAACUAUUCUUUCUAACUUUUUUUAUUAAAAAAAUUGAGAAGUUACAAAUCUUUUGAAUUCUAACGACGAUAAGAACUAGUAGCUAACUAAGAAGAAAAACUCCGCAUUGGUAAACAAUUUAAAAAACAAACUAUUUUAGCACUGAGCCGCUUUCUCAGUCACAAUUUCUGAUUUUUUAUUGCGACUCUUUUCUUGUAGCGGCGCCAAUCUUUACUAAGAAACCUCCAGCAGUUUCUAUGCCACUUGAAAGCACAGAUUUUUUUGAAACGUGCCAAGCUGAAGGAUUUCCUCCUCCAGUUUCAAACUGGACACGACUUCUUCAGCCAUUACCUCCAGCAAGGACCGAAGCAUGGGAAGGAAAUCUCACUAUAAAAAAUCUGAGUACCACUGACAGUGGACUGUAUGAGUGUACCGUGACGAACGCCAUGGGCGUGAAGAGGACUAGGAUGAAUCUUGUAGUACAAAAAGGAGGUUAGUCAUGUUCAUCUAAAAUAGACUCAUUUUCUUAAUACUGUUUCUGUUGGCUCCAAUAUCGUCUGGGAAGGGUUAGGUGUCUAAAGAAACUGUCGUGUUGCGUCAGUGAGAGGUUUUACAUGAUAAUUAGAUCUUACCAUUUGAGUUGAUAACGUGUAUUGGCCAUCGUAUAGAGAUUCUACAGAUGGUGUUCUUCUGGAAAGCCUCGACACCUUUAUCCCUCCAGGUAGAGAAUUUUUAAAACUUUUUGGUGCUUUAAUUCAAGUCUGAACUCGUCUUUUGGAAUUCUAAUUAACUGCUAACCAAAAAUGUUGCAAUAUGCCCAUCUUAAAAAAACAACGAAAAGGACUAUUGUGAUCCGCUUUUAACCUGAAUUAGCCAUCAUCUCGAUCUCUCCCAUUAAUUAAAUCAAGAUAUUAUAACAAAAAGACAGUGAUUAUUAUUCAAACCCCCGUCAUCGAAAUAAUUUCUUACCCCAAUGACAGUGAAGUUGAUUACCCCUAUUGGCAUGACAUGCUUAACUCAGAAAAUAGAAGGAAACCUUAAUUUUUUUUCACAGUGGAUUGUAGCUGCUGGCGUUCAAGAGAGAAUUAUCCAAUAGUUCGAAGGUCCUACAGAAGACAUUAUUCUCACGUGGUUUCUUUACAUUCUGUGGAGGAUUCUUCUGUAGAUGCCUUUGAUUUCCAGACAAGUGGUAAUACUAUUUUACGCGGUUUUCAUAUGUGGAAAGAUAACAGGUUGUUUCCUAGUAGCACUUUCACCAUCGAGCUCUAUCAAGGAAAUACAACUGUAGCCAAGAGGUCUCACACUUAUGAUGCAAGCUUUUCGACUAAGAAAACAUUUGAGGUGUAUUUUCCUAAAGGAAUAUUUUUGCAAGAAGGUUUAAACUACACUGCUGCAGUAAGAAUGAAAGGAAGAAAAUAUAACACUGCAGUUAAUAACGCAUUGAAAUAUAAUUUUUGUUCUGGGGCUAAUGUCACUUUUUGGAAGUCCUCUUUUGGUAGAUCAGUUUCAAGUUCUUAUGUGCGUCAAAUAUCAGCUCUUCUCUUCCUCAGUUUAAAAUGCUGAACGAAACAUUUCUGUUUUGGGAUUUUUCAAAGUGAAACAUUGAGAGCUUCUAUAAUACCAUUUGUACUUAGUUCUCAUGGUCUAAAUGUGGUAAAGAUACGUUUCUUCUCCACAACUAGGAUGAAUAAUUUUGAGAAUGGUGUGCUAGGAAAAACUGAAGGAAUUUAUUUCAUGAGGCUUUUUAGUCCGUGGGCUUUAAGGAUCAAAUCGUGGUCACUUGAAUGAAGCCCACGAACUGCCCAUAUCCAGACUUCACUACAAAGUAAUGAGUUCUUUAAUAGAUGUGGCACGAUGGCUUUAAAAUAGCUAGCGCAGUAGAUCGGACGGUGGAUCGAGGGGUCCUACCCUUGGGUAAGACGCUUAUGUCUUAUGAUGUUUACCACCAAUCUAAGGGUUUUAACCGAGGUUUAAUUGUCAACAGAAGUUUCAUUUUAAACUACGCAGGUAACAGUGAAAGUAACACAGAUUACUACUAAGCCCUAAUAACCCUUGGUGAAGGUAGCCAUAGAGGUUUGGAACUUGAAAAAACAAUAUAAAUCAGCUGGCCAAUUAAAUAACCUUUAGUCUUCAGUAAAACCGCCAAGGUAGAAAUCAGGUGAAUAGAUGAGUAGGAUCGGUGCUUUAACAAUUUAGAUUUUGGGGGAAACAGGUAGAGAAAGAAAGAACGACUGUCCUUGUAAAGAGGAUUUCCUCGCUUCCCGUUGUAGGGGUGUCUGGUUUGUAGGUCCUGUAAAGAAAAAUAAACAUUAUAUUUUUGCUGCCCGGGG